UACAAAUAGGGAAUGUUAAUCCCUUUUAACCCUGUUUUAUAGGCUAUAUUAUCUAGAAAUAGAAACUAUUUUCUGUAAUCAUCCUGCUCUCAGGCAGCCACUGCAGGCUUGGCAGCAUGCCCACCAUUCUCUGACCAUAAAUCAUUUCUCAUGAAUACAAUAAACCUCCUCACAUUAUCCAUUCAUAUCUCUCACAUGAGGGUUAGGCUACAGUGUGUUACAAAUACUGACUGCUUUUCCAAGAUAACAAAUCUCACACGUGUCACCUGCUUUCUGAGCCACAAUAUGGAAAAUUCCAAACAAGUAGAAGAUGAGAUGCAUCAUGUGCAUCUGUAGCCUUAUGACAUAUUUAAUUUGAAUCUGGUUGAAUAUAACACGAGACAUCCUUACAUCACAAACAACUAAGGGAUCACUGAGCAUAGCUGAUAUGUCACACACUUCUACAAUCAGUGUGUGUAUGUCCUCUGACUGGACUUUACCCAUAUGGCCUACCAGAGCACCCUCUGUCCUGUGUUUAGUUGUCAGUAGGUGAGCAUCUCCUGCCACUCUGAGACCCUGACCCUCAUUGACUGAUGGAUGCUAUUUUUAGAUGACCUGAACCACACUGACUCCAUCUCUUCAGCUCCUGUCUGAGGGGAGAUGAAGGGCCUGUGUAAAUAUGUGCCAGGAUAUUUCUGCAGCAGCUGCCAAGGUGAAUUAUGUGAAGAUGAUCACACCUUCACAUGAUCACUGAAGACUCUGACACCAGCUGAUAUUGGAGGCUGUAGUUGAUCAUUAACAGGCAGCUCUAAUUUAUUUUGAAGAGUGAUGCUGUCAGGCAGCACUUCAUUUCCUUCUAGGAGCCGGUGACUACAUGUCAGCUGCUGUUUCUAGAUCAACUAUGCACCCCCACCACAGCUCUCAGUCCAAACUGGACCAUCUCCCCUCUGAAGGUGCAGCGGGUCACGGUCACCUCGGGUCAUCCAGAUCUCUGGUGUGCACACCUGAUCAGUCAGCAUCAACGUACAUCAGUUGCCACAAGGAAUCUACACAGUCAUGUCCAUCAACAAGCCGAGACUGGCACUGUCCAGUCUGCCUGCAGACGGCCAGCUUCCCAGUCCAGACGAACUGUGGCCAUUUGUUCUGUGCUCCCUGUCUGAUCGCCUACUGGAGACAUGGGGCCUGGUUGGAUGCAAUCAGCUGCCCUCUCUGCAGACAGAAGGUGAUCGUGCUGUGUAAUCUAUUUAACGAGAGUCGAUCGGACCGUCAGUCAAAGGAAGUUCUUGGGAAAAUCACAGACUACAACAAACGUUAUUCUGGAGCCCCGCGAAGGUUAACAGACUACCUGUGUGACGCGCCCCUCCUCCUGCAGUUACUGGCCCGAGGCCUAGGCACCAUGGGAGGACUCGUGUGGCUGUUUUUCUUCAGGGUGGCCCUGUGCUGCGUGGGGACCGUGGUGUCCAUCUCCUCCCCUCCUCUGGACUCCGUCUCCUCAUCAGCAAACCCCCUGGAAACAGACCCCUCCCUCUGUGGACUGCUGGGGGUCCUGGAUGACCUGGUGGUUGUCAUCCUGCUCCUUAUCUGUGUUAUCAACAUCAACCAGCAAAUGGCGCCAGAGAGAGGACACUAUGCAAAUGCUACAACCUCCCAAGGAGUAACGGGGAGUUCACUGUAGACAGCUGCUGCUGGAGAGAGUCAGUACACGCUGUUUGACAUGGACUUUCAUCAGAUUUCUUCCUUUUGGCUGUUGCUAGUUGGAUUAGUGGAUGCAAAAAUAUUGACAACAGCACAGCAUGCAACCGUCUAAAGAUGUUAGACGCCGUCUGAGCCUCUCAGACUGUGGAUUCAGACUCCAGGCCUGUUUGUCAAGUGUUUACAGAGCCUAUGCAAAAGUGAUAUCUAAAAUACAAUGUCAAAAAUGUAAUUUGAUUCUUUAUAUUUUAAUCAUAAUCCAUAUUUUUUAGCAUCUUUACCCAGAGAAACUGGCCAUCACUUUUACUCCUUUAACUUAAAUUUAAGCCAUUUUGUUUCAGCAAGCUCAAGCUGUCAUGUCAGUACUGUAAUAUUGACAUAUACAUUGAUAUUAUAUGAAUUUGUUUUUAUGUGUAAAAUGAAUUAUAUUUAUUGUCUUA